UGAGUCCCUACUACUGUCACCAAACCAACACCUUCCUCCGACGCACGCCUCUGCUGACGUACUUGAAUUUUGCAGAUGCUACGAAAUUGUGCAGUAUUAACCAUGGACACAUGGCUACUUUUGUUGCUUACAGGGCUGGUUGCGUGUCCGCUGCGCUCGAAGAGUUAAUGAUAGCCUGGUUGAACAAGGAUGAUGUCCCAGGAGUGGCCUUAGUGGCUGAUACUUCACCGAUACAUUCAACACGGUAUAAGACACAAGUACUUUAUGCCAUGUGUGAGACAAGCUGUACGCGUCAAUCUGGCGAUCAUAUUGUGGAUGUAUCUAGCGAUGGUAACGUCACAUGUGACAUUGGCUAUGAAUAUCUGGAUGCCCAGCCGGUAUGCAAUAGUACUACAACAGUUGAAAUGUGUACUGCUGUCAACUGCACUGUACCAGGGAUUUUGAAUGGAACUGCAAAUGCUAGUGUCAUCCACUUUGGCCAGAAGGUCAGAUACGCCUGCACAUGGGGGUUGCAGGUCAUAGGUGAUGCAACGCCGGCAUGCACACCCAGUCGCACUCUCACAUCGGUACCUUUUUGUGAAAUUCUCAACUGCAGUGUACCAACCGUACAAUUUGGUAUGAGUAAUGUUUCACUCGUUCAAUAUGGCGCUACUGUUCAGUUUACAUGUCAGCAAACAUACUUUCUGUUGGGGAAUUCAUCAGCUACGUGCAAGGGUGAUGGUACAUUGAGCUCAGUGCCAAUAUGUUAUAGCCUGACUGGCUUAAGAGUUUGCAGGCCUCCAAACAUUGUAACAAGAAUAACUGGCACGCCAGUCAAUUACAAUUCAGCACGAGCACUGUGUAGCAGUCACAAUGGCACAAUUCUCUCUGAAGCAUCGUUCCACGAUGGGUGCUCAAUUGGCUUGACCUCUGCAAACAGAGUGGCAUGGAGAGGAUUACCUGACACGAAUAACAAGGCGUUGACUACAUCUGGUGGACAUGUGGACCUGUCACGUCAUUUUCUCGUAGUCUGCGAGAUACCCUGCCUUCCUCGACAAAAUGGUCAAAUGGAGUCUAAACCAAUGGCUGAUGAUAUCUCUUGUCGAUAUGAUGUUCUCAACUGCAGUGUACCAAUCAUACGAUUUGGUAUGAGUAAUGUUUCACUCGUUCAAUAUGGCGCUACUGUUCAGUUUACAUGUCAGCAUACAUACUUUCUGUUGGGGAAUUCAUCAGCUACGUGCAAGGGUGAUGGAACAUUGAGCUCACUGCCAUUAUGUUAUAAGCUGACAGGCAGAAGAGUUUGCACGACAACAAUGACCUUAAUAGAAACAACUGAAACCAAAUUGAGUUACACGUCAGGGAAUGAACUGUGCAGCCGUCACAAUGGCACAAUUCUCUCUGAAGCGUCGUUCCACGGUGGGUGCUCAACUGGCUUGACAGACGAUAGAGUGGCAUGGAGAGGAUUACCUGACAAGAAUAACAAGGUGUUGAACACAAAAGGAACUUCACUAUAUGCGUCUGUCCAUUUGCUUGUAGUGUGCGAAAUACCCUGCAUUCCUCGAUCAACUAAUCAAAUGGUGUCUAAACCAAUGGCUAGUGAUAUCUCUUGUCGAUAUGAUGAGCUGAUUGGCAACACAAUUUGCAGAGAAUCUGGCAGCAUAACUAGAAUAUCAACUCCUGGCCUCAUAUUGAAUUACAUUUCUGCUCAAGCACUAUGUGGCAGGCACAAUGGUACAAUCCUCUCUGAAGCGUCGUUCCACGCUUCAUGCUCGGUUGGUUUAACCCACGUACACAAGGUUGCAUGGGUAGGAUCGCCAAAAGGAAAUGUAGCACUUAACUCCAACUCAAAAUAUGUGGGCCUAGCGCAGCUUUUGCGUGUUGUGUGUGAAAUACCGCUGUACUGUAACGUACCUGUCAUUGUCAAUGGCACUGCUGACAGAAACGUGGUCCGAUUCACGCACAGUGUUACCUAUUCUUGCCAAGAGGGUCAGGGAAUCGUGGGUGAUGCCACACCAAAUUGCACGGCUAAUGGAAAUCUCACUUCAGUGCCCUACUGUGAUGUUCUCAAUUGCAGUGUACCUACUAUACUAUUGGGAAUGAUAAAUGAUUCACUCACGCCGCGUACUGGCAUGAGUAACGCUAGACUCAUUCACGCUGGUGAUACUGUUCAGUACACAUGUGAGGAUGGGUACUUUUUUCAAGGAAGUCCCACAGUUACAUGUUUUGGUGAUGGUAGUCUUCGUCCAGUACCAAUAUGUUAUCCGCUGUACUGUACCGUACCUGUCAUUAUCAAUGGCACUGCUGACAGAACUGUGGUCCGAUUCACACACAAUGUUACCUAUUCUUGCCAAGAGGGUCAGGGAAUCGUGGGUGAUGCCACACCAAAUUGCACGGCUGAUGGAAAUCUCACUUCAGUGCCCUACUGUGAUGUUCUCAACUGCAGUGUACCUGCUAUACAAUUUGGAAUGAUAAAUUCUUCACUCAGGCUACGUACUGGCAUGAGUAACGCUACACUCAUUCACCAUGGUGAUACUGUUCAGUACACAUGUCAGGAUGGGUACUUUGUUGAAGGAAGUUCCACAGUUACAUGUUUUGGUGAUGGUAGUCUUCGUCCAGUACCAUUAUGUUAUUGUAAGUACUUCAAUCAUGUCCAUUAUUUCUUGCUUGUUUCUUCUUCAUAUUAUGCUUUGCUGGAAGCCGGGCUGAAUGUUGUUGACAGAAUGAAUGACCCGCAUUUGAUUGUGUUGAUACCUUUUUAG